UUUUGGGUUUGGUCCCCAUAUGGGAGGUAACAUAUUGAUGUUUCUCUCUCUGUCUUCCUCUCUCUGAAAUUAAAAAAAAAGGUAUUUCCUUCAUACAGGUACAAUAGAUGUAAAUAACCUUAAGACCAUAAUAGUAAACAUAUAGUAAAACUAGAGGCCCAGUGCACGAAAUUCAUGCAGUGGUAGGGUUCCUAGCAGCUACCACCUGCUGCCAAGGCCUCCCUCCCUUCCUCCGGUAGGCCCCGCCCCCUGGUCGAACUCCCGGACGACCUCCUGGUGAAGGGGACAAUUUGCAUACACUUUUAUUAUAUCCCAUAAGAAAUUAUGGGUUUUGAGUGUUACCUUUAUUUUAAUAUAAGGUAUUUAAUUGAAAUUUUAGUAAUUCAGUAAAAACGAUUUUAGUAAUCACGAAGUGUGAUGCCCAGGACACAGAAUUCCUGAAAAUGUGCAACCAGGGCCAGUGCUGGCUGGCCGUGACCCUCAGGUGUGCUUCCUGCCAGGUGAGGAGCCCUGUGCGGUAGUCAGGGUGUGAGGGGGCAAGGGGGGCUGUAGUUUAAGGCCUAGGCCACCUCCGUUUAAUUUGAAUUAAUCAAGAUUCCGUUCAGUUCUUUCUAAUUUUGAAUCGGCUCAAGCUUCAUUCAGACCAUAAGUUUGGACUUCCCCAGGCUCCGCCCCAGCCUCUUCCCGCACCGUCGUCAUGACAACCGCGUCCUCAUGCCCUCCUUUCGGGUAGGGCCCGAGAGAGCGGAGCCACGCUCCUAUUGGCGCAAAGUUUGAAGUGGGCGGGUUCCACUCGCUCGCAUUGGUGGAUUGAUAGGGGCGCUGCCAUCCCGCAUAUUCCCAUUGAUCGAUUGAUCAAAAGGGGCGGGGCUAUGGGCCGCAGUUGUGGGACUGGAGCCGGACCGCAGGGCUGCACCUAGGAGGGAAGGAGAAGUCCUGGGAUAUUUGGAAAGAUAAAGGGCGAUGACCACCCCGGCGGGCUCCGGCACGGGCUUCGGCUCCGUGUCCUGGUGGGGCCUGUCCCCGGCGCUGGACCUGCAGGCUGAGAGUCCUCCUGUGGACCCGGACUCGCCGGCCAAUGCGGAGCACGGGACCCCCGAGCUAGAUGUGCUGCUACUGGGCUCCGUGGACGGGCGCCACCUGCUGCAAACCCUGGCCAGGGCGGCGCGCUGGCCACGCAGGAGGUUUCAGUUCUACGUGCUGGAGAACAAUCUGGAAGCGGUGGCCCGGCAUAUGCUGUUCUUCAGCCUGGCCCUGGAGGAUCCUGAGAAGAUGGGACUGCAAGAGAGGAGCGAGGCCUUCCUGGAGGUGUGGGGGAACGCGCUGCUGCGCCCCCCGGUGGCCGCCUUCGUGCGCGCCCAGGCCGACCGCCUGGCGCACCUGGUCCCGGAGCCCGACCGCCUGGCCGAGCAGCUGCCCUGGCUGAGCCUGCGCGCCCUGAAGUUCCGCGAGCGCGACGCCCUGGAGGCCGUGUUCCGCUUCUGGGCCGGCGGGGAGAAGGGGCCCGAGGCCUUCCCCAUGGGCCGCCUCUGGGACCUGCGGCUGCGCCACUACCUGGGCUCCCGCUACGACGCCCGGCGCGGAGUCAGCGACUGGGACCUGCACAUGAAGCUGCACGACCGCGGGGCCCGCGUCAUCCACACCAGCGAGUUCCGGCGCUGGAGGGACACGGGCGUCGCCUUUGAGCUCAGAGACCCCAGCGCCUACCAGGUGCCCAACCGGACUCUGGCGUCCGGUCGCCUCCUGAGCCACCGCGGGGAGCGCGUGGCAGCGCGAGGGUACUGGGGGGACAUCGCCACGGGGCCCUUCGUAGCCUUCGGCAUCGAAACGGACGACCAGAGCCUCCUGCGGACCAGCAACGGGCAGCCGGUCAAGACGGCGGGCGACAUCACGCAGCACAAUGUGACAGAGCUGUUCCGCACCCUGGCCGCCUGGGGGCGCCCGAGCGCCGCCCAGGGAGACCCCCAGGAGGUGCCAGACGAGGCGAAUGGAACCGGGGAGCCCGCCCCUGGCCCGGCACCCUUCACCGUCCACUUCCUGCCCCUCGGCUGUGCCCAGACCCUCCACCACAAGAGCUGCUACAAGGGUCGGUUCCAGCUCCUCUAUGUGGCCUGUGGGAUGGUCCAUCUUCUCAGCCCUGAGCUCGGGGCCUGCGUGGGCCCUGGGGGACGCCUGGUUGUGGAAUUAGCCCGGUACCUGGUGGACGUGCGGCCGGAGCAGCUGCAGGGAUUCUCCGACCGGGUUGGGGAACUGGCUCAGGCAGCGGGGUUCGCCUCGCAGCCCGGGGCCGGGCCCUCCGAGACCUUCGCGCGCUUCUGCAAGUCCGGGGACUCAGCUCCCGGAGGCCUGGCGUUGGAACCCGGGACUCCGCCCCCUGCAGCCCUGGCCCCGCCUCCUGAUGUCCUGGCUCCGCCCCCUGAGGCAACAAACCCGCCCUCCGAAGGCCUGACCCAGCCCCUCCAAGGUCAAAGCCCCCCUGAACCCCUCAAGCUGCCCUCAGAGUCUCAGGCUUCUCCACUCGAGGCUUUGGCUCCGCCCACAGGGAGUCAGAACCCCCAAACCAGAGAGUCUGAGGGGACCCUCAGAGACCACCCCCCCACCUAACUUCUCAAGCCGGGUCCUGGGGUUGGACCGGCCUCUGGGACACUCAGCUACACCCUCCACAACAUUCUCGCUCAGCCCCCAGGUGUUGCUCGAAUUUCAGACUCCAUUUCUGAGCUUCUAUACAGUGGGGCCUUGACUUAGGAGCGUCCCGACUAACGAGUGUUUUGAGAUACCAGCUGUCUCUUGGCCGAUUUUUUGCAUUGAGUUGAUAGAGUAAUUUGAGUUAACAAGCUCCCUAACGAGCUCGGUCUUGGAAUGAAUGAAACUCGUAAGUCAAGGCCCCACUGUAUUCUGUCCCUAGGAUUCUAGAUGGUUCUCUCAGAGGUCCACACUCCACUCCCCAACACUCGAAUCGCAGCCAGGAGACCGGGCCCUGGGUCUCAGGUGCUCUGCGGGGUCCCCAGGUGUCCCCUGCCCAAGCGGGGGUUGGGGAUGUCUCCUCUCCCGCGGCUGCUCAGCACCCACGUUCCAAAUAAAGU